UCCCUCACCCAGCUACGGGCAAAUCUCCUCUCUUCCUCUCGGAAAGAAGCAUAUAAUAUAACCCGAGACCUCUCCUCUCCUCUCCUCUCCUCUCCUCUCCUUUAGUGUCCUCUUUUAGUUCUAUACUAAUGGCUUCUUCUAGUAUUAGGCCUUGUAUCCUUUGUAUUAUGAUAGUAGUAGCUUGUCUUCUGUUCCAGUGCUCCUAUGGUGCUAGAAAGCUCAAUGUCUUAGUGGAGGAACAAUCUCCAGUCUUAACCUACCACAAGGGGGCUCUCCUCACCGGUCCUGUAUCGGUGAACCUCAUCUGGUACGGUAAGUUCGCCGCCUCGCAGCGAGCCAUCAUCUCCGACUUCGUCACUUCCCUCUCCACGAAGGGCAGUGACCAGAAGCAGCCGGCGCCGUCGGUGUCCACCUGGUGGAAGACCACCGAAAAGUACUACGCCCAGUCGAAGACCAAGUUCCCUGCGCUCACUCUCGGUGAGCAGAUCCUCGACGACUCCUACUCCCUCGGCAAGUCGCUCACCGACGCCGACAUCGCCAAGCUGGCGAGCCGCGGGGCUCCGAAGAACGCCGUCAAUGUCGUCUUAACGGCGGCUGACGUCGCGGUCGAGGGGUUCUGCAUGAGCCGGUGCGGGACACACGGGUCCUCGCCCCGGUCUAAGUCCGGCCGGUUCGCUUACAUCUGGGUCGGCAACUCGGCGACGCAGUGCCCGGGUCAGUGCGCGUGGCCCUUCCACCAGCCGGUCUACGGCCCCCAGACCCCGCCGUUGGUGGCGCCUAACGGCGACGUCGGGAUCGACGGCAUGGUGAUCAACUUGGCGAGCAUGAUGGCCGGCACGGUGACCAACCCGUUCGGUGACGGAUUCUACCAGGGGCCGAACGAGGCGCCGUUGGAGGCCGCGACGGCGUGCCCGGGGGUUUAUGCCAAGGGGGCGUAUCCGGGAUAUCCCGGGGAUUUGUUGGUGGACUCCACCACCGGGGCGAGCUACAACGUGAACGGGGCCAGCGGGAGGAAGUACCUGGUUCCAGCUUUGUUUGACCCGUCGACUUCCUCCUGCUCCACCUUGGUGUAGAAGUAGGGGAAAAGUUAAUGGUCGUAGUGGGCUCUGGGAUGUACACGGAUAAAGAGAUGGGGGGGGGGGCACUUGAAUGUUACUAUAGAUAUAUAUGGUUUGUAAUUCUUUCAUUCAUUCGAUGAAAUUUAAAUUAUGUCUUUCUAUUA